AAGUAAACCUAGCUGCUUCCUUCGCUACCUAAAGACAGGCUAUCUUGCAACGAGUAUAUUGAUAUUAAUUUCUAGUUCGAGGCGUGAGGCCUACCCAUGCCAAUGUCUCCCGCCAGACCGAAAUCGCAAACCGGAACGACGGGAAGCGGAAGUGCCCAGCGAUGGUCCUCGGCCGCAGUUCUUCUGCGGGCCCUCGCGUACGGGUCGGUGUUUGGCGGACCACCAACGACGGACGCAAAGCCGACAAGAGAUGGCCGGUCCUGGAGGCCCGCGUCGGUCCGCGCCCCGAAGCGGAGCUGGCAGUUCCACGCCGGCACCAAGACGCCGUACUUCAACGAAGCGCUGUACAAUCCGUACGGGCGGAAGUUCACGCAUCCGCCCGAAAAGAGUUCGUACUUUCACGCCGUUGACGCGAAUGCGACCAAAAAAACGUAUGCGCUGCGUGACUCCCGGUUCAACUGGCGCCUGCAGGCGGCGGACGUGCUCUUCCGCCACGGCACGCGCACGCCGGACGGCAAGAAGCUGACCAAGUGGCGGAAGCUGAAGCGGCAUGUCGCCGAACGACACCGGCGGACCGACCGGUGGCUACAGACGGACCUCGCCGCAUUUGAGAAACAGGACGCCGCGCUGGUGGAGCGCGGGUGGGAGGAGCUCGCGCGGCAGGGGCUGAAGUGGCGCUUUUUGCUGUCUUCGUUUGCGAACAACAGCACGCGGCUGCAGUACGAGAGCAGCUCCAAGUCGCGCUGCACCCAGUCCGGCAACGCCUUCCUCGCCGGCCUCCACGACGCGUUGGGCGAGAACCCCUUCGGCAAAACCCACGAGGACCGGGUCUUGGCCCUGCACGACCAGCGGCUCCGGUACUUCGACGCCAGUACCGUCGGGUUCAAGACCCGGCUGGGGCGGCGCGGCUCGAAGAUGGUGAUUGUCCCGCCGGGCGGCUGGAACGCCACGGCCGCCGCCCCGGAAUUCCGCGUCCACAUAUUAAAAGGAAAAAUCCCCCCUCCCCAUACCGAAACGAAGUGUCUGAUGCUGGAUUUCCGUACACAAAUCAGAUUUGUCUUGCUGGAGAGGACUGCAGGCAUAUGCCAAGGAGCCUCAGUCGAGAGGUUUUGACGUAGGCGCCUAGCAUGGCAAAUGUGUAUGCUCUAAGCCCAACAGCAUCACAAACCGCCUGGAAAGUGCGCGGCGCGCUCUGGACUUGCCUUCUUGCAAGACAGACAGGAUUUGAGGUCACAAAUUUUCAGACAGAUACGUUUUCAAUAUGGGGAGGGGGGAGUUUUCCUUACGAUACCACACGGCGGCGCACCUCAAAGACUACCUGCGCUGGAAAAACGACACGGAAACCGGCCCGGGGAAAAACAAGCAGUACCUGCGGGAGUUCAAGAAGCAUUUCGACGAACACAUCCUGCCGAACGUCACGCUCUUUGCUGGCGAACAAUCAGAGAGCUCGUCAAACAAUCUCCACACGAAGUGGAACCUCACCACGGCGGACGCGUACGCUCUUUGGAACCUUGCGAUCAUGGAACGGGCACUGCUGAAUAAGUCGGCCAUGGUAUCCUGUGUAAAAGGAAAUGGGGCCGCCCACACCGCAGUGUCGAGAUCGCGGCGGUGCUACACAAAGAAAUCAAUAGGGUUUAUUAGCUGUUGCGGCGCGUGACAGCCAUGGGCGCCCAGCGUAGUCCUGUUUACCUAGUACAGCCGCAUCACAUUAUCGCUAUUAGAGGAUGACAAGAAGAUGAUCCCAUAUCAUAGCAUCAGAAACUGCUCCGCAUGACGAGAUUCUUGCGCGGCAUGUAGAAACAUUCUCGGCAACAUGUCACUUUGCAUAAAACAACUCGGGGGUGGAGACGUUUUCACACAGGAUGCAUGGGCGACGAGGUGUUCGGGGAAGAAACGGAUUUCUUGCAGAUGGAGCGGCUGAUGGACUACGCGCACUUUUACAAAAGCGGGUUUGGCAACCCGAAUUUGGCGGCGGAGCCGUUUGCUGCGAACUUCUUCCAGGAGUGGACCUAUUUCCUCUCACUGGGGCCGAACAACGAGAAGAAGUUUCGCUUUGCGUUCGCCCAUGCGGAAACCAUUUUGCCUGUGCUCAUGUGGCUGCAGGUGUACGCCUGGAAGGCCCCGGAAAUCCCGUUGGACGGCGGAAAGGAGAAUAAAGCCGCGCGUACUCCUCCUACUGCCGGUGGUGUCGACGGGAGUUCUUCAUCAAGAAUCCCCGCGUCGUUCUUCCAGGGGAGUUUUUUGAAGCCCUUGGAACUGCAGGUGCGGGACGUGGGGUUGAACGAUAUAAAAGAAAUCCAUGAUGACGCGAAACGCGAAGAAGAGAAGCGGAGGAACGACCCCGAGGAAGCCUUGCUCACCAACUUCGACUGCACCCGGGACUACAGCGUCGUGGAGGAGAUGGGGGCGAUUACCGCGACGCGCGUGCUGGCGCCCUUCGGCGGCAGUCUCGGGCUGCUGGUAUGGCUGAGGGACCAGUACGAUGGUGAACAAGACCACACGGUGGAUCCUCAUGCUGCUGCCACAGUGCACCAAAAGCACAGCACGACCCUCGGGGCCAGCGAGAAGUCGCCCGACCGGCCACCGGGGUUCGGGCCGCAGGACGAGUGCGUGCAGCUCACGUUGAACGAAAACGUCAUUUUCCAGUGGACGUCGCGGCAGAAGGCCCGCAGGUUUCUCGCGGAGCGGUUGCGAGACCUGAACGGAGGGGAAGAUGAGGAACUGACCUGGCACGAAGAAGACCCUCCGACAACAGCCUGUGACGACAAGUCUGACUGUGAGCUGCGGGUGGAAGAAAGUACGAAAGCCGGAGUUUCCGCCACCGUGGCCGCCGCGCCCCCGAAAGAUGAAUUGUAGGAUUAUUAGGAAUGUUCCUUGUCGAUCAUAUAGUAAGGCCGGCGCAGAAGUUGUGUUUCUGUGCGCAUGUUUGUGUGCCGUGGUUGUGUCAUCUGUCGCAUUUCAUGUAGGUCUUGAUCUUCCAAGAAAAUGAUACCCCACUUUUUCAAGAUUGGAUUUGUGAAGAACAUACUGUACAAAUUGAGUUGGUAUACAUGUUCGUAGGCACCUUGCAAAUGAUAGGUCGAGCACCUGUCAGUGGUCGAAUGUAGGACUUCAAUAGCAAUGAUACGCAAUUGCCUUGUUCUCGAAUGUAUUUCUACGUCACGAGAACUCCUUCUUUGUGAUCUCCGACUGACUGUGAUAUGGACAAAAAA